UUCUAUUUCGUCUCGCAAUUUCAUCAUCUUCCUCCUUCCCCAUCUCGAUUGAAUCCUAAAACCCUUAAAUCCCUUCUUCUCCAUCUCCUCAGAAUUCUACUGUACUGAUGCCGCUCAUUGUUGCAGCAGCAGCAGCAGCCGCCUCCGCCAAGGCGAGUUCUGCUUCUUCAUCAAUCAUCGCAAAUGGCGACCUUGCUAACCUCUCCACCCCCACUCGCCCCCGCCGCCACCGGCGACACCUUCCUUUCAAGGGAAUGCCAUGCUUGCUUUCGAGUUUUGGAUGCGUCUGCCUCCUCUUCUUCGCGUUCAACGCUUCGAUCUACUUCGUCCUAAACGAACGCCUAAACGAGAAGCAACUACGUCUUGAGGUAAGUGAUGCUGCUCACCUCGAUCGGCCCAAAAUAGUCAUAUUUGCUGCGCCGCGGCCGUUCGCCAGCGGCAAGCCGAGUUUGGUGGACGCCAGACAGGACGCGGCGGUUCGAUCGUGGCUGGCCCUCUCUCCGGACGUCUCUGUCGUCCUUUUCGGCCAGCACCCUUCCAUCUUUGUCUUUGCCCGCUCCCUGGGACCGCGGGCGGUGGUUGAUUCUUCCAUCGAUUUCACGUUCAUGGGGAUUCCUUUUUUUCAUUCCAUGGUUGCUAGAUCACAUACUUUUCAUUCUGGAGUUUCUGUUCUUAUGGAUGCUGAGACGAUUCUCCUACCUGACUUCCUUAGUGUUUUAUAUUACGCUCAGACUGUAAAGCAGGAUUGGUUCAUCAUUGCCAAACCUCAUUACGUUUCCUAUUUACCUCUUCAAUUAGUAGGUACCAGGAAGCAUUGGUUUCAAAAGGAUGGUGAAAUGGUGGAUGUCGAUAAGUUGCAGGAAUAUCUGAUCAAGAAACAGAAUUAUUCUCAUGGAGAGAGAUUAAUUAUGGCAUGGAACAAAGGGGUUGCACCUCUUCAUGCUGGGAUUAUCCCCCCUUUCCUAUAUGGCGAAGGACUUCAUAACAAAUGGCUUGCAAAUGAGGUGUUGUCUUCAGAUUUUAGAAUAGUCAUCGAUUCAAGCAUGGUGCUUUCUAGUAUUUAUCCUGAAAGUUUUGGUCAAUUGGCUAGCAAUCUCACCACGAUCACUGAUAAUGAAGAAGAAAUAAAUUGGAGGCGUAGUGGAAAUCUUCAACUUUCAGCAUUGUAUGGAUCCCUCUCUUUCCCACAAACUAACCUUCUUAACAAGCCUCUUAAAGUUGUGAAGUGUUUUAGCAAAUAUUAUUUGGUCGAUCAAUUAAAGGGCACUAUUUAUUUUUCACAAGUGUCGGUUGGUCUCAAAACAUAUAGCAAUUAUGCUCCCAAAAAUUUUCUGUUAGUUUCAAGGAUUAUGUACUUGUGGAGAUAUAAGCAGCUAGAUGUUUGUUUGAAGAAUAAGGAUGCGUCGGACAUGUAUCAAUUUUCUCCAAUGAUGCUUAAUGAAUCUACUCCACAAAAGUCGUCCGAGCUUCAGUUGCCAUGGUCACUCGAAUCACUCCUUCGACUUAUUGCUGACAAGGACAACUCAGUUGUCCUUGCAGUUGCUGGAGACAAUUACAAAGACAUGCUUAUGAGCUGGGUAUGUCGUUUACGGCAUCUGGCUGUGAAAAAUUUCCUAGUGUGUGCUCUUGAUUCUGAAAUUUAUCAUUUCUCAAUACUGCAGGGACUACCGGUGUUCAAGGAUCCACUUGCUCCAAGCAAUAUCACUUUCAAUGACUGCCACUUCGGUACUGAAUGCUUCCAAAGAGUGACCAAGGUGAAAUCCAGAAUUGUACUGCAGAUAUUGAGACUUGGAUACAAUGUGCUAAUGAGUGAUGUCGAUGUCUAUUGGUUUAGUAAUCCGCUGCCGCAUCUUCUGUCAUUUGGUCCUGCGACACUGGUUGCACAAUCUGAUGAAUACAAUGAAACAGUGCCUAUAAACCUGCCUAGGAGGUUGAACUCCGGCUUUUACUUUGCUCGUUCUGAUUCAGCUACAAUUGCUGCAAUGGACAUGGUGGUCAGACACGCACUAAGUUCAAAUCUGUCGGAACAGCCAAGUUUCUAUGAUGUAUUGUGCGGUGAAGGUGGUGCCAACCGCGUGAACAGCGACAAAUGCAGAGAGCCCAGCACCAACGUCACUGUGGUUUUCCUCGACAGGAAUUUGUACCCGAAUGGAGCUUACAAACACUUGUGGGAAGAGCAGGAUGUUAAAGCUUCCUGCUUGAAGUUGGGGUGUGUUGUACUUCAUAACAACUGGAUCAACGGAAGAAAGAACAAGUUGGAGCGGCAAAUGUCGUCCGGCCUUUGGGAAUACGAUCCAAGCUCACGGAUGUGCUUGCAGCAGUGGCACAAUGUCACAAAGUAGGCCAACCACAUCAGUCUUUUAUUCUGAUCGACUAGCAUCAUCAGCAUAAUAGGCCGAGGAAGUGAAGCAUUUAGGGAAAAGUUUUACAAUGGCAUUUGAAUUGGCUCACAUUGUAUAGAUAAGUUGAUGGUUAAGGGAAUAAAAGAGUAGAAGUUUUAGAGAAUCCUCUUCGGUUGUUAAGAUUUACUACAUGUUACCCCUUGGAAGGAAACCUCUUUUGUUGAGACACAUUACUUGAGAUUUGUUUUUAACAAUACAACAAUUAAUAA